AUGACGACAACCAACGUUCAGAUAUAUAAAUACACAGAAAGAGAUCCCCAGAACCAUGAAGAGUCCGCUACAACCGUUGCAGGAAAUGCUACUUACAGUGAUCCAAAUAUUCGCUUAAAGGAACUUGGAAUUGUUUUCAAUAAUAAUUAUGAGUCAGGGUUUUCCUCAAUAGCUAUCGAAAAUACCAACUGUAACAAUCCAAUUCAUCAGCCUACUAGGACUAUAGCAGAUAUGACAGUACCCCAAUCAGGGCAAAAUCAUCGAAUUUGCCUAGUUUGCAAGUUUGUAAUUGGUUUUGCUUCCGUGCAAAUUCUCAUAGCGAUAUUGGGAUUAAUAAUUAAUCCUUGUCCAAUUGGUUCACUUUCAAUAAGCUUAAAUUUGUAUUAUGUUACAUAUUGGACUGCAGGACCAGUCUUGAUAUUAGCUAUUGUUGCUUUGAUAAUCAAUAAAAAGGAACAACAAAGUAGCAGAAAUGUUAAAAUUCAAAGCUGGCUGGUGGUCAUAAUUAUCUUAUGUUUGUUAGGACAAGAUGCCAUUUUAGGAACAUUUCUCUAUAGAUUAACUAGAUUUGGAAUUAGUUGGUUUUGUAACGGCAUUUUAAGCCGUUCGAUGUUUAUCGGCUUUAAUAUUGGUGUAUUAGUUAUUCAAUUUUCAAAACCUAACCAGAUCAAAUACAAGUAUAACUGUCAAAGCAAUCCAACAUGGGGUGCAUUACGACAACAACAGGUAUGUAAUUUAGUUCGUAUUGCAACUGAUUCUUUAUUAAAAAUUAUGGAUUUGGUUUUGAUUUUUUUUAUGUUCGAGCUAGCAUCAUCAAGCAUUCAGGCACAAGAGUUAGUUCAUGAUCUAUUUUCGCGAUAUAACGAUUCACCUGAGGGGCAGGAUGUAGUGUUAUUAAUUGUUACAAACCUUCGUCUAGUAGAGGCUAGUGUGCAGGCUGCUUUCUGUGCAGAUCUUUGCUGCAUUAUUGAUGAGGAAUUGCCUCAUAUGUACGAACUCAAACUUGUGGUUAAUGUAAUGUUAUAG